GAGACCUUAGUCUUGGCCGACGACGACACCUUUGUCAAACCCGCACGCGAUCCUCGGCAGUACCGCGUCCUAAAGCUGGCCAACAACCUGCAAGUCUUGAUCGUCAGUGAUCAGCUCGCAUCCGGUGCCGUGGGUGUUGAAGCGGCAUCCGUCCACGUCCAAGCCGGACACUUUGACGAUACCAUUCCAGGCCUCGCACACUUUCACGAACACAUGCUUUUCCUGGGGACGGAAAAGUAUCCCGACGAGGACGAGUACGAAACAUUUCUGUCGCAAUUCGGUGGGUUUUCCAACGCCUAUACGGAUAUGGAAGAUACCAACUACUUCUUUUGCCUGACUACGCCCAACACCAAUCCCAACGUCACGUCCGAUGCUCUCUCCGGAGCGUUGGAUCGCUUGGCCCAAUUCUUUGUCGCCCCCCUAUUCGAUCCCGACGCAACCGAGCGGGAAUGUAAGGCGAUCGAUUCGGAAUACCGCAACGGCAAGGCCAGUGACAACUGGCGUAACUAUCAACUCAUCAAGAGUACUUGUAACGAUACCCACCCGUUCGCCAAAUUUGGUUGUGGUAAUUACGAUACCCUCAAAACACAAGCUGGGUUGGAGCAUCUGUUGGGAGAGCUGCAACGGUUUUGGGAUCGCUACUAUCAAACGUACAAUUUACGGUUAGCGGUAGUGGGACACGCAUCGCUGGAUGCCUUACAAGCGACCGUGGAAGAAACCUUUGGGACCCUGGCCUACAGUGAAGGAGCUCCCCGUCGUGUCAAACGUAGAGUGGGGAAUAAGGAGGAUGUUCCCGCCUAUGGUCCCGAUCAACUUGGGGUACUCCGUCGGAUCAUUCCCUUUACCGAGUCUCGCACGAUCAAGCUCCUAUUUGGUGCCCCGCCUUUGGACGAUCCGGCCGUUACAACUUCCAAACCGUACCGCGUUUUGUCACACAUUCUGGGACACGAAGCACCUGGUUCGUUGCACGCUGUCCUGAACGAUGCUGGCUAUCUGACCGGACUUAGUUCCGGUAUUGGUAUUGAUACGUCCGAUUUUGCACUUUUUUCCCUGUCCAUGUCGCUGACCCCACUCGGCAUGCGGAAUUAUCCCGAGGUCUUGGACUUGACUUUCCAAUGGAUCGUACUGGUACGAUCGCGAUACGAGAGUGACCCACAAUGGUUCGAAGCUCAUCACGAAGAGCUGCGUCAAAUCUCGGAAGUGAACUUUCGAUUCCGGGAAAAUGGCGAUCCUACUGACUUUUGCUCGAGUGCAUCAGAGCUCUUGUUUGACGAACAAAUGGAGUACUCGCGUAUUCUAAAGGGCGGUUCCGAAACCUCUCUACUCGAUCCCGUCGUAACCAAAGCCUUUUUGGAUCGAUUUCGUCCAGAAAACGCAAUGGUGCACAUCGUCUCGUCCGACCUGAAAACAACGUCAUCCGACGACUCUAACGGCUCGAUUUGGGAAACAGAGCCAUGGUACGGUGCGCAGUUUCAGGCAGAGCGCUUGUCGAACGAACAGAUAGAAACGUGGGGAAGCUACUCUCCCGAGACGAUUGAUGCGCGGUUGGCGCUACCGGGUCUAAACAACUAUAUCCCGACCGACUUUUCUUUACGAUGUGACGAAGAAGUCGACGCUAAGAAAGAAACCCUCACCAGCGACGAAAUUAUGGUACCUCCCGUUUUAGUGCUGGAUCGUCCAAAUUUACGAUUGUGGCACAAAAUGGAUCGUUACUGGCGUGUCCCAAAAGCCUUCAUUCGUGUUGCCAUUCUUUCUCCCAAUGUGUAUCGAUCACCACGAUCAAUGACAUACAAUCGCAUCUUUCAACGAGUUUUGAGUGAUGAUCUCAAUUCCUUUGUUUACGAUGCCUCCAUCGCAGGAUGUAAUUACCGCGUCAGCUGUGCACCUAGUGGAUACCGCAUUUCGGUUCGUGGGUACUCAGAGAAAUUGCCCUUUUUGCUAGAAACGCUCAUGUCCCGGAUAUUGAGCCUAAUUCAAGAAAUGAAGGGUGGCGACCCAGAUUUGCGCAAGCGCUUUGCCAAGGCACAGGAAAGUCUAUUGCGAGAAACGAAGAAUUACCGCUUGGACACGCCGUACGAAGUUGCCAGUUACAAUUCGCGAUUGUUAAUUGAAGAAAAUGUUUGGUAUUUGGACAACUACGUCGACGAGAUGGAAGGAGAUGCUGCUUUGCACGAUCCCUUGACCAUGGAGGAAUGCGCCCAAGUUGCCGAGGAUUGUGUCAUGGGACGUUUGAAAUGCGAGGCCCUAUGUAUGGGGAAUAUUGAUCAGAAGCACGCACUGGGCAUUUCCGAGGUUUUGGACCGCGUCUUCUUGGACAAGUCACGCACCAUUUCAGAAGUCGAGACACCGCGUUUCCGAUCGCUCAAGUUGCCGACGCGGGAUGAAGCCUCACUAAUUUUUGGUGACGCCGUGGUGAAUCGGACGUUGCCCAUGAUCUAUGCCGAUCUCGCUCAUAGCGCUUCGGAGGAAAAUAACGCGGUAGAAGUCAUUCUACAAGCCGGUAGCGAGCUUGAACUGGGCUACGAAGGUCUUGCCACUCUUGAUUUGAUCACCCACAUGGCUUACAAUUCUGCCUUCAAUCAAUUGCGUACCAAGGAACAGUUGGGUUAUACAGUGAGCGCGUUUCCGCGUAAGACUGCCGGUACCGCUUGGGGCCUGUCGGUUGUUGUCAUGGGCAGUGCCGCCCUCCCCGAGUACAUGGAAGAACGAUGUGAAGCUUGGUUGGUGCAGUUUCGUCGAGAGCUGGAAGCCAUGACGCCGGAUGCCAUGGCGGUGGAAGCGUCGGCUAUCGUCGCGCAACUGCUGGAGGAAGAAACCAAGCUGUCCCAAGAGGUUUCGCGAGUAUGGGGAGAAAUU